AUGCAGCCCGCUAUCAACAAAUUCAGCGGUAUCGUUCACCAAGUCGAGGGGCUCAACGAGAGUGGGGCAUCGGUAGAGGAUCAGCUCAACCGAGCUCUUCGGCUUAAUCAAAAGGAGACCGGGAAGAAAAAGCGAGCCCGAAGUCCUAGUAGCGAAGCACCUCAAUCACAACUUGCGUCCACACCGGCACCAUCCGAUCCCGUCUCUGAAUUUGAAGGCACUGGGUCGACUCCAUCAAUACUAGAGCGACCGAUUGGAAAAAAAAAAGCGAAGAUGAUCAACCAACUUGCUGCCAAAGAUCAAACCUGGAAAGAUGAAGUUACAGCUGCUCACAAACAGAUUGCCAUGGAAUCCAAACGACUAAACGACAUCUUUGCCCACGAUUCGACCUCCAUCGAUCGCAUCUCGGCGCAUGGGACGACCGCUUCCAAGCUCGCCAUCAUGACUACAGAUCUUAAAGGUCUUGAUGACGAGCAGAAGGAAUACUUUAAGCUUAAAAGGGCUUCUAUUCUCCAAUCACUCCGUAAUGAACAGAACUCCAGUAACAAUUAG